GACCAUUAUAAUUUGUCUACAAAAGUUGUGGCUGCGGCUGCAAAGAGCACGGGUGAUUAUCUGGAUAAGCCGCUUGGCAGCCGCAACCAUAGACUUGCGUCUUAUUGACUAGUGACGGUCGACAACCUAAAGAAGAGAACCUCAAAAUCUUUGUCGUGCUUUUGAACUUCAGAUACAACGUCCUAUGGCGAGUGUCACGAGACUUGGUGUUUUGAGCAGAUAUAUUCUCGCGCAGAAAGGCAAUAACAGGGUUCUUUGUGCCGCAAACAAAAUAGUACAAAAUCUGUCUUCGACAUCGACAGGCGCAGAAGACACUGUCAUCACAGAGAAACAGGGAAAUAUAUAUUUGAUUGGACUGAACCGACCAAAAAGUCGCAAUUCAGUGAACCGGGAGACUGCGUUGUGUCUGCGACUUGCAUUUGAAAACUUCAACAAAGAUAAAGGGUUGAAUGUUGCUGUCUUCUAUGGAGUGGGCGGAACAUUUUGUGCCGGUUUCGACCUGAAGGAACUGUCCUCGUAUGCACAGUUCAACCUGAAGGAACUCAACUUGGAUGCAUUUGGUCCAAUGGGUCCUAGCAAGAUGCAGAUUACCAAGCCUGUGAUAGCAGCCGUCAGCGGCUAUGCGGUGGCAGGGGGUCUUGAGCUGGCCCUUAUGUGCGACAUGAGAGUCGCUGAAAAGAGCUCCACAUUCGGCGUAUUCUGCCGACGAUUUGGUGUUCCCCUGAUCGAUGGUGGCACAGUUCGUCUCCCCAGGCUGAUUGGCCUGUCCAGAGCAUUAGACAUGAUCCUGACAGGACGGCCGGUCCGUGCAGAGGAAGCCCUCAGCUUUGGGCUGGUCAAUAGAGUGGUGCCCGAUGGACAGGCCCUGGAGCAUGCAAUCACACUGGCCGAGCAGAUCGCCAGUUUCCCCCAGGGCUGCGUGCAGGCCGACAGACUGUCUGCCUACCACAGUAUGUAUGACAGUAAGAGCUUCAACGAUGCCCUCAAGUUUGAGUUCAACACCGGUUCUGAGGUUCUGAGCACUGAGUCAGUGCCAGGAGCGACAAGAUUUGCAGAAGGGGAGGGAAGAGGCGGGAGUUUUGAGACUUAGGAACUAACGAGAUACUGCUCAUGUCCAUGUGCACAGAUGAGCAGUGAUAGAAGCAUGCCGCAUCCUACGCAAUAUUAUGCAUUUACACGCACGCAAGGUGUAAACUUGUUCAGUAUGCAAAUCAUUAUGUCGACGGCUUUCCACAAUAAUAACAGCAUCUCAUACAAUGAUCCAACUGAGGCAUGAUGUGAUGUCUGUGAUGUCAAUGAUUGGCCAGAACGCAUGAUCUUAGUAGGGUAUCUUUGAAAAGUCACUUAGGUUUUUAAGCCCAGUGGUUUAUCACCAGUUUGUCCUGCUCUCCGAGUGAAUUAUCCCACAGGAAACCAUUGUGGUAAAUAUUUUUCACCAUGCAGAAUUCUAUUACCGCUUGUCUGUGUUUUAAUUACUUUUGUAAAGUUUAUUUUGUUUUCAAACAGUAUCCAGAAUGGUGUGCAUAGGACUAUGAUUUCAGAUGUUCUUUUAUCUUCAGAUAUAAACAAGAAAGACUUAUUAAGAAAUCUGGGAAUAGUAUUUAAAAGAAUUAUAUGUUUGUUUGCCGUUGUUCUGCAUGAGCUUCAAAUUCUAGCAAAUAAUGCAACUGUUAGUGAUGCUAUUACUUUUAUAUUCAUUGUGCAAAUCUUGACAAACUGGAUUGUUACAGUUCUGUUUGAACUAACCGGAUGUAUAUUUUUGUAACACUGUUAUGUAUCAUAAAUUUUGUAAAUGUUCUUUACUGUUUAAUGGAUAUCUUUAAACAAAGAUUUUUCUUAUGCCACUUCUACGAUGAUUGAAUCAUUCAAAUCAGACCCACCAGUAUUUCAAAAAUAGAACACCUCAAUGGCUAAAGCUGGUUCCCAAACCAAAAGACUCCGAUUAUUGUGGGAGAAUCUUUUGGUCUGUUCCCAAACAUUUCUGAAACUGGCUGAAAUAUUCAAACUCAUUUCAUUGAUUUUUUCAGUAUGACUGUCAUCAGUAUCCAUGAACACUGCAUGUAUAACCUGCCUGUCUUUGCAGGUUCCCUGCAUGCAUCAAAAUUUAUGAAAAGUUUUCUUGGCAUUCUUUUGCAUGUCUUCACUUUUCCACACAUUGAUCAUGCUGACCGUGUAAUCAGAUACGUACAUGCUACAUGAUUUAGAAGUGUACUCUAGAUGUGAUGUCAUACAUGUACUCCCUUUCCAUGAGCGAAAGCUACCUGCCAUAAAUAUCAUUGAUACAGCAAGAAACUAGCCUGCUCAAAGUAUGUGAUUGAAUAGCAUCAGUAUGAUUGCGUAUGAUCUCUACUUCACCUUGGCAUAGCCUCUUUUUUGAGGUGUGGUCUGUUACCAUACCAAGAGCAUGGAGUCCACGUACAUUACAGCAUAGCCACAGAAAUAGAUACAUAUACAUGUAUGGGUCACAUUCAAGCAAGUGGGUGCGCUCAUGACUGACAUGCAGGGUGUGGUCUGCAUUCCUAUCAAGUAGAGUGCAUAGUCUACAGGCGAACAAAUAGGGUGCGGUCAACAUCUCAGGAAACAGGUGUAUCCACACCAACAGUGUACAUGUAGGUUGUAGUUAAGAACCCCAACCAGAAGGUGUGUCCCAACAAGUGGGAGGAUCCAUCAGUUUGAGAUACUUAAGGAGACCAGCCCAGUCCUUGGGUGCCGUUCGCAGCUACAUUCAGACAUAUGGAUUCGCUAAUGGGUAAUGGCAUUAAUUUAAGUUAAUUCCUGAAUGAGCCAUUUCAGCAUUGCAACAGUGCAUGCCCAAAUUGAAUUACAUCCAAGGUCACUUGCAUGCAUGUGUGGGAUCUGCCCAAUCAGUGUGGCCCUACCUGGGCUCAUACACAUGGUUUGUUCCCAAAACAUGACCUUUCUUUUUUGAACCAUCAAACUGGCUCUUUGAUAUUUCCUUUAUAAAUUUGUAAGUCUAUAAAGUAAGUGAGAUGGCACUGUAAACUUUUCAGUUGUUAUUAAACUAUAUUUAUUUGAACAACACAAGGUGAAAAAAGUUGAAUACAAACAAGGAAAUGGAUCAUUUA